CUGCGUAACAUCAACCACCGGCGAUGCCUGUCCGCCACGGACCUUGCAGAAUCGCAUCACAAUCCCCGCGAGCUGAUGCGCCCACCUUCCUGGUCAGAUCAGGUGUGGUCUCAGGGGUCCUGCCACGCAGGCUCCCUUUCUUUCGGGCAGCCGCUUCGAGGUGGUGCGCCACGGGCAGGGGUGCAAUAUCGAGUUAUCUUAUUGUGGCCAACAGACUUUUUCUUGAAGGAUCAAUGUGAUCAUUGGUA